AUGAAUCUGAAUGGAAAGAGGAAAAGGGUUGAGAAAGAACACACAGCAAAGAUUGCUGAUUUUGGGGCUGCAAGGAAGGCUGGAAAGAGAAAGGAGGAUGAAGAAAGCAAGGGGAAAUUAAGGGGUACGCCUAUGUAUAUCGCCCCCGAGUCGAUUCGGUGUGGAGAAUAUGAGGCUCACUCUGAUAUAUGGGCUCUUGGGUGUACUGUUUUACACAUGCUAACGGGCGAACUGCCUUGGAAGUGUGACAAAAAUACCGAAAAGGUGGCUCUUUUGUUCAAGAUUGGAUUCAGAGAAGAAGUGCCGGAAAUUCCAAGUCAUGGGUUAUCGAAAGAGGCGCGAGAUUUCCUCAACAAGUGCUUCGUUAGGGAUCCUAAGUCACGGUGGACGGGUGACACGCUCUUAGCCCAUCCUUUUGUCUCGGGCCUUGACUGCAUGACGGUUGAAAGUGUAAAAGGCGAAAGGAGCAGAGUUGUUCAGCCACAGAAGGCAGCAAAAGAAGUAUAUGAUUUGUCGUCAAGCCAGAGUUCGUUCGAUCUUACCAAACCGUACUUGCUCAUGUCGCGUUUAGCAUUAAAUGGAAUCUUGCCUGAUUUCAGCAAGAUUCGUACCAUUAAAAAGGUGAAAAGAACGGAGGAGGAGGGAGAAGAAAAAGAGAAGAAGUUUGAAUCGAGUUUUCAACCGGAUGCCUGGGAGAUACAGAUUCGAAAGAUUCUGGUUGAGGAGAAAAUAGCGAUUACCAACGACAUCUUGGUGGUGGCCAACGCUGACCGGGUCGGGCUUGGCCUGCCUUCCAAAUGGGGUUUCCACCUCAACUCGCCCCCAUGUAUCCAUUGA